AUGCCUUUUUUUUACCUGGUGAACAACAGGCUCUGUUUUGCCCUUCUCUGGAACGUUAUAGCUGUAACUACUGCAUGGAUUAAACUGGGAGAUGCAAAGAUCUGGUUUCUUGCUAUUAUCUACUUUAUAUCUGGGGUUCCAGGAGCAUAUGUCUUAUGGUAUCGACCACUUUACCGCGCUUUUAGGACUGAAAGUGCUAUGAAGUUUGGGUGGUUUUUCAUGCUUUACAUGCUGCACAUUGGCUUCUGCAUAUUUGCUUCAGUUGCACCUCCUGUCGUUUUCAGAGGAAAAUCUCUAACAGGUAUCCUCCCAGCGAUUGAUGUCAUAGGUGACCACGUGCUAGUCGGGAUUUUCUACUUCAUUGGAUUCGGGCUUUUCUGCCUCGAGUCAGUUCUCAGCAUUUGGGUCAUACAGCAAGUCUACAUGUAUUUUCGAGGCAGCGGGAAAGCUGCCGAGCUGAAGCGCGAGGCAGCAAGAGGAGCGUUGAGAGCAGCAGUCUAAUAUCUCAAGAACAAUUUCAUAGAUGAACAUAUGUAAAUCAUUUUGAAAUUUAUGGUAUUAAAACAUUGUUUUUGAGAAGAUUCUCGAGGAAAGCACUAGGAAAGAUUAAAAUCUUUAAAAAAAUUGGAUGUAGAAGCUGGCUGCACCUGCUCUGAGUUUGAUGAUUCAUAGAUUGUUUGUUUUGUAAAUUCAUUCUUUGGCAUUUCCGUUCCAUUUAUGAUUAAUGAGUUACACUUUCCUUAGCUCAAGUAUCUAUGUUAGUCCUAAAACUUGUCAUCAUCAUAAAUAUUCCCAGAAAAUUGCGAAACUGGGCAUCCCAUCUCGAUCAAACUAUUCAACCUAACUAAUAACUUCAACAAAGCUGCAAGGCAACAAAUUUGACCUAAACAAUGUUACUUUUAAUGUCUGAUGCCUCGUUGAGAUAUUUCCAGUGAAGAAUCAAACAGCAGUGUUGUCCAGUUAUGCUUACGCAGAAGUGCUCAAAAC